AUGUCGUCGUCGGACACUCCUUUGAAUGGACUGAAAGUCCUAGAACUUGGCGGACUGGCCCCAAGUCCUUUCGCAGGACUCAUCCUGGCAGACUAUGGCGCAGACGUCGUCCGCGUCGAUCGGACCUUUGACGUCUUCGGCCCACCGCGAGACACGCUGUGCCGGCGAAAACGAUCCGUGGUUGUCGACUUCAAGCAGGCAAAGUCGCGUCUGGCGUUCCUGGAGCUGGUCAAGGUCGCCGAUGUCCUCAUCGAUCCCUACCGCCCGGGCGUCAUGGCCCGUCUCGGCAUCGGGCCCGAGACACUCUGCAAGCUGAACCCGCGACUGAUCUAUGCGCACCUGUACGGGUUCCGGCCGGAUGGAAUCUACGGAAAGCGCGCCGGACACGACAUCAAUUACCUCGCAGUGGCGGGAAUCCUGUCGUUGCUGGGGCGCAAGGACGAAAAUCCGGCACCGCCCGCGAACAUCUUGGGCGACUUCGCGGGCGGCGGCCUCGUGUGCGUUACGGGGAUCCUGAUGGCUCUGCUGCACCGACAAGCGUCCGGACGAGGCCAGAUCGUCACGGCCAACAUGGUCGACGGGAGCGCAUACUUGGCCACGUUCAUGCGGCAGCAACAGGGACACCAGAACAACGACCGGCCCCGGGGCGAGAAUCUGCUGGACGGCGCGGCACCCUUCUACGAGGUCUACCGAACCAAGGACGACCGAUUCGUCGCGGUGGGCGCCCAAGAGCCGCAAUUCUACCACAAUUUCCUCGCCGGUCUGGAACUGCAAGAUCAGGGGUUGCCGGAGCAGUGGGACAGGGCGGAGUGGCCGAGGAUGAAGGAGCUCAUUGCGCGACGGUUCAAGCAGAAGACGAUGGAUCAGUGGCGGGAGAUAUUCGAUUGUGUCGACGCCUGUGUGACGCCGGUGCUGAACAUGGACGAGACAGAGGUGCCCUUCCGACCUCUGGUCGAGCUGUCGGAUUCUCCCGGUCUCGACGUCGAGGUGCAAGAGUCUUAUCCAGAGUUGAAGAAAGGCGCUGGGAGCGAAGAGGUCCUCGAGGAGUGGGUCCCAGAGGUCAAGAGGUCAAUUCAUAUAGAUCCUGCCUCCAAGCUCCUUAGUCUAAAGCGAGAUGCCAAGUUAUAG